UAUUGAAGUCGAUAGCGUAACAGACGCUGCACUAGGUUGGCCGGAGAUGCAAACAUCAGAGGCUAUUUAACGGCGUGGGCGUGGCGUGGCAGUGCAAGCGAGAGCAAGCAAGCCAACAAGGCGAUAGGAUCUUACACCUGCUAAUCUACGAGGAAGGUCAUGGCGUCGGAUGCCAAGAGCAAGAUCCUUGUGAUCGGCGGGACGGGUUACAUCGGCAAGCACGUCGUCGCGGCGAGCGCCCGGCUCGGCCACCCCACCCUGGCGCUCGUCCGGGACACCGCCCCCUCCGACCCGGCCAAGGCGCAGCUGCUCAAGACCUUCCAGGACUCGGGCGUCACGCUCCUCAAGGGCGACCUGUACGACCACGGCAGCCUGGUGAGCGCCGUUAAGGCGGCCGACGUCGUCAUCUCCACGCUGGGCGCGAUGCAGAUCGCCGAGCAGACCAAGCUCAUCGCCGCCAUCAAGGAGGCCGGCAACGUGAAGAGGUUCUUCCCGUCGGAGUUCGGGCUGGACGUCGACCGUACCGGCGCCGUGGAGCCGGCCAAGUCCAUCUUCGCCAUCAAGGCGGGCAUCCGCCGUGCCAUCGAGGGCGAGGACAUCCCCUACACCUACGUGGUGGCCAACUACUUCGCCGGGUACUCGCUCCCCACCAUCGGGCAGGUCCUCUCCCCUGCGCCCCCAACCGACAACGUCGUCAUCCUCGGCGACGGCGAGACCAAGGUCGUCUUCGUCGACGAGGCCGACAUCGGCGCGUACACGGUCCUGGCGGCGGACGACCCCCGUGCGGAAAACAAGGUGCUGUACAUCAAGCCGCCGGCCAACACGCUGUCGCACAACGAGCUGGUGGCGCUGUGGGAGAAGAAGACCGGCAAGACGUUCCAGAGGGUGUACGUCCCCGAGGACGCCGUUCUGAAGCAGAUCCAAGAGGCGCCAAUCCCGAUGAACAUCAUCUUCUCGAUCGGGCACGCGUCGUACAUCAAGGGCGACCAGACCAACAUCGAGAUCGCGCCGUCGUUCGGGGUGGAGGCGAGCGAGCUGUACCCUGACGUCAAGUACACCACCGUCGACGACUUGCUCAACAGGUUCCUCUGAAGACAUGCUCCGACUGUGUACGUUUGAGGCUAGCUGGUGAUGUCUGAUGGGUCGACAGUUAUAUGCUGCUGGUUACUUUUGUUGGUUUGUAACGUCCUCCCCCUCAUGGGAACAAAUAACUUGGGAGCACUGUAUGUUUUGCUUUAAGCAACGGACUGGAUAUUCCGCAACGAA